AUGGAUCCGUUUUACGCCGUCAAAGAGGACGCAGAUAAUGCAAUUAAACAGCUUGAAGCAAUAAUUGUUCAACGUCAGCAGCUCAACAAUCAAACAACAUCGUUUGAACAAUUACAAGAUUUUGAAAAUACUCUACAAGAGUUGAAAGAGAUUCAUCAGGAUUUGAAACAAGCAUUGGCUGUAAGCUCUUCGCAUCCUGAACAAUUCCAACUCUCUAAUUCCGAUAUUGAACAACGAAACGAUAUAAUAGAAAACUUGAAUGAUCGAAUAUCUCAAUUACAACAAAGAUGGGAACAAACCAAGCAAAACAACAACAAGACCAGCGGCAGCGCCAGCGCCAGCACCACCAACAAUAAUAAUAAUACUAGUUUAAGAGACGUGACUACUAUGUCCAAUCGAAUAAGUCAAGAUGAAAAUCCUUUUGCUAAUGAAGAAAACCCAGUAAUGACCUCUUACCAGCAACAGGAAAUGAUUCAAGAGCAGGAUGUUCAAUUAGAAGAUAUUCACAAAACAAUGAUGAAUUUAAAUGAACAAGCAACUAUUAUGGGUGAAGAAUUGGAAGACCAAGCAUUUUUGUUGGAUGAAUUGGACUAUGAAAUGGAUAAUGUUGAUAGUAAAUUACAACGCGGAAUGAAACGAUUGAAUCGUUUUAUUGAGAAAAACAAAGAAACUGCUAGUAAUUGGUGUAUUGGGAUUUUGGUCAUUGUGCUUUGUAUCUUGUUGGUUUUGCUUAUUGCUGUAUAA